UUCAGAUUAAGAUGUAUCGAGGCUUGAUCUCUGGUAGGACAGGGUCGUAUAUCGGAUUCGGUUUAGCUCCGGAUACCGGAGUUAAGAUGAAUGGUUUCCGGGUUCGGUUUAAUCAUUCAUCCUCGGCGGAUAUUCGGAACCAAUUUAUUCAGUACUUUAAGGAGAGAGAUCACACUUUUAUCCGUUCUAGUCCUGUUCUCCCGUACAAUGAUCCUACUCUUAUGUUCGUAAAUGCAGGAAUGAACCAGUUCAAAUCCGUUCUCCAGAAUAAAUGCAUUCCGCCGGCUGGACGUGCUGUCAACACACAGAAGUGUAUUCGAGUGGGAGGAAAACAUAACGAUCUCUCCGGAGUAGGUAAUGAUGGAUCCCAUUUGACUAUGUUUGAGAUGCUCGGUUCCUGGAGUUUUGGAAACUAUUGGAAGCUAGAAUCCUGCUCACUAGCCUGGAACCUACUUACUCAACAUUACAGAUUAGAUCCGCAGCGUCUGUUUGUCACGUACUUUAGUGGAUGUGAGAAGUCAGGAGUACCUCCAGAUUUAGAGGUUCGUGAAAUAUGGCGGAGUCUUGGAGUUCCAGAUUCUCAUAUUCUUCCUUUUGGAAUGAAAGAAAACUUUUGGGAGAUGGGACUCACAGGGCCUUGUGGACCUUGUACUGAGAUUCAUUACGAUCACGGACUAAAAGGGCCAGAUCUUGUGAACCGUGAUACUCAAGAUAAUAUUGAAAUAUGGAACCUAGUAUUUAUCCAAUAUGACAGAGGUGUAGACGGGUCCCUCAACCCCCUGGAGAUAAAGCAUGUGGAUACUGGUCUAGGACUAGAAAGACUGGUUGCUCUGCUCAACAAUACUACCUCGGCAUUCAAUACAGAUCUUUUCAAACCUAUAUUUAAAUCUAUUCAGAGAAUCAGUAAAUGUCCUGAGUAUACUGAUAAAUAUGGACAAGGAUCAGAACUUGAUACAGGAUACAGGAUACUUGCUGACCACGCCAGAAUGAUAACAGUUUGUUUAGCAGAUAAAGUUUUCCCCGACCAUAAUCAUAAACUAAAGUUUGUUUUACGACGAGCUUUGAAUAUCUCCAAGAAUACAUUUCGAGUGGAAGAAGGAAUGCUUCAGGAACUCUACAAUGAUGUGGCGGAAUCAUUAGGAGAAACUUUUCCGGAAAUUGUGAAAAAUUCGCAAAAUAUACGGACAGUUUUGGACUUCGAGGAGGAGAGCUUUAAGAAACUUGUGAUUAAAAGUGAGAGAAGUUAUAAAUUGUUACAAAAAGACUAUCCCCGUGAAUCCGUAUUUAUCGAUCCCACCGAAUCCUUGAAUUUCUAUCAGUGCUUGAACCUGUUGGACAAGUGCGGGAUCAAGGAGAAGUUGGAGGCACAGCUCGCCUUCAAGUUCUACGAGCAGCACGGGAUGCAGGAGCAGGAUAUCGUCAAACUGGCCGAGAUCAGAAACCUCGAAUUCUCUCAGCACGAAUUCGAUAAUUUUUUUGCCAGGACGAAAGAACUUUCGAAAAUAAGUUCUUCCCAGGCGGAUAAUAUGAAGAUUGUUCAUGAUCAUGGAUUGGAUAACCGGCUGACGGACGAUUCUUUUAAAUACGAUUAUUGUCGCUGUAAGACUGGUGGGUAUGAGUUAUCUGCUUGUCAAGGACAAGUGUUAAAACUAGUUUCUCAGGGAGUUCAAACCAACAUUUUAAAUCAAGGAGCCGAGGGAAUCGUAUUUCUGGACCGAACUAGUUUCUACGGCGAGGCUGGAGGUCAGGUUGGGGACCGAGGAUCCCUGGUAACCGAGGCUGGUGUGUUCGAGGUCACCAAUACACAGAUGAUAAACUCCAACCUCGUGGCUCAUAUGGGGAGGAUGGUUCGAGGCUCUUUAAAAGAAGAUGAUGUGGCAACAUGUGAAGUAGAUCAAGAUUUUAGAUUUAGAUGUAUGCAGAACCAUACUGGUAUUCAUGUUCUUAACCAUGUUCUCCACUCCCUCCUUCCUGUCACCUGUCAGAAAUCCAGCCUAGUUACUCCGGGAUAUUUGAAGUUGGAUUUUGCAGUCUUCAAUGUAGAAAUAGAUUCACAGUUUCUCAAGCUCGUUGAGUCCAAGGUGAUGAGCAUGAUCCUUGAUAAUCUCGAGGUUAGGAGAGAAAUCAUGGAUUCAGAAAGUCUGCUCAAGGUUGAGAAUCUAGUUACUCUACCCGGAGAGGUCUAUCCUGCCCAAGUGUCUGUGAUAAAAGUUCUAGAUCAGAGCGAACCUUGCUGUGGAACCCAUCUAGCCAAUACAGGAGAUAUUGAGAAUUUUGUCAUUGUUUCUUGUAAAACCUCAAGCAGCGGCGUUAAGAGUUUACGUGCGCUCACAGGUACAGCGGCAAAGCGUGCUCGUGAGCACGGAGUUAAAGUUUGCGAAGAAAUCCUUUCUCUUCAAGAAACCAUGGAGCAGAGUUGCGAGGAUUUGGUCUUAAACCUCGAUCAAAUCAAGGCUCAGAUUUCAAAAUGGAAAACUGAAAUUUCUGAUUCUCAAUUUCCUCUUGUGCUCGCUCAGGAGCUGACUGAUAUACUAGAAACCUAUCAGCAGAGGGUUAAACUCUCGGAGAGAUCUUCUUUAAAACAGGAAAUAUCAGAGCAGAUGGAGGUGGCAAUCCUGGAGCAGGAAUCCAAACCGUUCUUUAUCAAGGUGCUGGAGAUAACUGGAAAAUCUAAAUUUUCUCUACAACGUGCCGCGAAGUCGAUGAAGAAACCUUGUCUUAUCUUCUCAUUGGCAGACGGAGAGCUGAAGGGGAAAGCUUUUGUUCCUCAAGAUAUUGCUUCGGACGAUUUUCAUGCAAGGGAUUGGAUGGCGCCUAUACUUAAAGAAACAGGUGGAACGGGAUCUGCCCCUCGUGGUCAAAAUCCGCGAUACAAUUUCAACAUGUCAGCUGUUCAGCUCAAGGAUGAACAGGGGUUUCUGUCAGCUUUGAAAUCCGCAGAACUUUAUGCAGAAGAAAAGUUAGAAAGGGGCCAAUAGAUUGUUUUUUUUAAAAUCAAGUCAGAUUUUUUUACAAUAUGUAUAAUUAGUAUUUCGUUUGUUUUACGUCAGAUUCAUUCAGAUUUCUUGUACUGAUCUCGAAUAUAUAUUUCAGAAAAAA